GCGCAGGAGCAAGGACAGUCGCAGCGAGACAGUGCAGAAAGGGCUAAGCUCCCGGUGGCAGAAGAACAAAAGCCAGCGGACAAAGGCAUCCCGCAGCAGGAAAGCGUACGAACGGCUAAGCUCCUGGAAACAGAGGGACAAAAGGCGCUGGAACAAGUACAGCCGCAGCAAGACAGCGCUGUAAAGGCUAAACCUUCGGAAGCAGAAGAACCCAAGCCACAAGAAGAGAACCAGCCGCAGCAGGAGAACGUACGAACGGCUGAGCUCCCGGAAACAGAAGAACAAAAGGCGCUGGAGCAAGGCCAGUCGAAGCGAGAUAGCGCUGAAAAGGCUAAACCUACAGAAAAAGGAGAAAGCGCAGAAAAGGCUCAAGCUUCGGAAGGAGGAGAAAGCGCAGAAAAGGCUGAACUUCCAGAAGGAGGAGUACAAAAGGUGAGCCCACAGCAGGAGAGCGUACGAACGGCUAAGCUCCCCGAAACAGAAGGACAAAAGGUGCUAGAACAAGGCCAAUCGCAGCGAGACAGCGCAGAAAAGGCUAAACCCGCGGAAGGAGAAGAACAAAAGCCACAAGAACAGGGCCAGCCACAGCAGGAAAGCGUUCGAACGGCUAAGCUCCUCGAGGCAGAGGGAGAAAAGGGGAUGGAACAAGGCCAGUCGCAGCGAGAUAGCGCAGAAAAGGCUAAACCUCCGGAACCAGAGGGACAAAAGGCGCCAGAACAAGGACAGUCGCAGAAAGACAGCGCUUUUGAGCUACCAAUCGGUAUAGGAACCGUGGAAGUGCGUUUCAAGCCAUCGAAAAAAGACGUGACAAAGGAGGAAAGCGUGCGAACGGCUAAGCUUCCAGAAGCAGAAAAACAAAAGGAGCCCGGAGAAAGUCAAAUACAGCAGGAAAGCGUACGAACGGCUAAGCUCCCUGAAGGAGAAGGACAAAAAGCGCCAGAGCAGGGCCAGUCGCAACGAGAUAGCGCAGAAAAGGCUAAACCUCCGGAGGCAGAAAAACAAAAGCCAGCUGAGGCUGACACCCCAGGAAAGCAGGAAAGCGUACGAACGGCAAAGCUUCCGGAAACAGGGGAACAAACGGCGACGGAGAAAAGCCAACCAAAGGAGGAAAGUGUGCGAACAGCCGAGCUCCCAGACACAGAAAAACAAAAGCAAGCUGAAAAAGGACAGCCACAGCAGGAAAGCGUGCGAACAGCGAAGGCUGCUGAAGAUGUGGAAGAAAAAGCACAGCCUGAAAGCGGUGAAUCACCACAGGUCAAGCCUAGUGAAGACAAGGUGUGA